AUGCCACAGGAGCGACCACUUCGUGUCGGUGCUGAGAGUGCCUGCAUGGACGUCGAAGCUGUGUUCGCGAGCUACUGUGAGCAAAAUGACUUCCUCACUCGCUUUGUCUGCAGCAUGAUCGCAGCUCCACGCCUGGCCGUCUCCAGCUGGAUCAGGCCGUGCGAGCAAGCAGCAGUGGAGGUGCAGUCGGUUCCUGCUCUUCCUGUUCCCGCUCUGCCUGUUGUCGCUCUUCCUAAUGUCGCUCUUCUGGAAGAAGCUGCGUCAACAAAGGCAGAUGUAGAAACCGUCCACCAUCUCACUGAAGCUGGCAAGGCGGAUGCUGCAACUGUGACUUCUGCCGUUUCGAUUGAAGCUGCAGAAGCUGAGGAAGCAAAGAAACCAGUGGAAUCAAAGAAGAAAGCGUCUUCGUUCCUGGAGCUGCUUGCUCAAGAAGACUCACUUGCCUCACCCACAGUUCAGGCUGUUGCUUCCUCAGCCAAGGUUGCAGCCUGGUUGGGUGUGGAAGGUGGAUCAGAGCAGGCUGAGAACAAAUCAGUGACAAGUGGGAUCGGUAUGGGCCUUUCCUGCAAUGGGAAGGACUGGAGCAUGGAGGUGAAGGGGUUUGGAAAGGCGAAGCAAGGACUGACUGUCUCAAAUCUCCUGUAUGGGUAUGACAAUGAGGAGGAAGAGGAGGAUGGCAGCAACAGAGAAAGGUUCAAGAUCUCUGGGACUGGAACGAUGUGCUACAUGAAUCAACUGUACACGGAUGAGGAAGAGGAGGAGGAAAGGGAGGCAUUGAGAACAUUGGGCAUCUCCGUUGGCAUCGGCAGGUUUGUAGACAGGCGGAGAAUAACUGGCUCUAGCAGCCGGGUCCUUUUCAGGAGAAUCAGCGGUGCAUUUAGACAAUAUUAG